CCCACGCCACCCGCCCUUCCACCUCCCGCCAACCCCGCCGCAAAUCCUCCUCGCACCGCCCAAUGCUCUUCCGUCGCAGCACGCAAGAGCGCGAGCGCCGCGGGCGCGCCGCUCGUUCAGCUGAGGAAGAAGAAUUCGCUGCUGAGGGUGGUGAUGAGAGUUUCUUGGACUUCUGCACAUACUGCGAUUCCCAACUCCCCCCAACCCCCCACCAAAACACCCUCUACUGCUCCGAACGCUGCCGCCAACUAGACCACCCCGCCUCCUCUCACACCACCUUCCUCCCCACCUCCCCACCACCGUCACCCUACCUCUCGCCAACAUACAACCACCCCGCCUCGCCCACCACAACCGCCAACCCCGGUCGGGACAUCAUCCCGCGUCUCUCACCUACCCUCUCCUCUCCCUCCCUCUACAUCCCUCCCACCGCGCUCGCCAGUCUCCGCUCGAUAAGCUCGGGGAUCGCACGACGAGCUGAGAGGGAUCACCCGAGUCCGCCGGAGUCGUCGGAUGAGGACUCUGAUGGCGUGGUGUGGGCGUAUAGGGGGAAGAGUGGGAGUAAGGGGUAUUUUGGCGUUGUGUCGAGUCCGGGGGAGAGGCCGUUGCCGAGUCGCGGGGGGUGGGGGGGGAGGACGAGGAGUGUGGAUUUGAUUACGCCUGUUGGUGGGAUUUGAGUCUGCUCUCGUUUCUUCCUCUAUCCUACUCUCGCGAGUUUGGGUUGAGAUCAUACGUUCUGGGAAUAUUGGGGAAGGAAAGCAUUUGCAUGGGGGUUUUUACGAUUGGGAGCAUGGGAUUGGGUAUAUCACAAUAGCGACUUGGGAAAUUUUUGGGAAAUCAUGAUAUGAUUGAUGGGAUUUACAUAUGGGUAUAUAUGGAUAUGACACACGAUACGACCGGGGAGGCUGGUAACCACAGGACAGCGAGGAAAGUAGGAUAGAAUUAAUAUAUAUAAUAAUAACAA